AUGAACCCCCCGCGCACGCCCACGCCCAACGCCUGCCUCAUCGCGAUCCUGCUCAUCACCCGCGACUCCUCCGGCGACAAGCUCACCUUCCACUACCCACCCAAACCCACCGUCGACACGCCCCUGCCGCCGAACAGCACCUACACCGCAUCCAGCGCCUCCUCCUCCGCCGCUUCCGACGUCGCCUCUUCGGGGGACGAAGACGACGACCGCCAAUCUCUCACCACACUCCACGACCUAACUGCCGUCGAGCGCAGCGAGUCCGGAAGCCGCAUCGGCCGCCGGCGGAGCCGCAAGGCGGUGGUGCCGGAGGAGCCUGCGGAGGAGGAGGAGACGACGAAAGAUGAUGGGGGGCCGCCAUGGGAGACAGUGCUGGGGUUUAAGGCGGAUUUCUUGGCGGGGUUGUUGGCGCCGAAGGCGGGAAUGUGUAAGCGGAAGUUUGAGCUGACAGUGGAUGAUGUGGUGUUUUUGGGCUUCCCGCUGCAUGUGAGGCCGGAUGGGACGUGGCGAAAGAAGAAGAAACGGAGGGGGAGGGGGACAGAGGAGGAGGAGUUGAAGGAGAGGAUGGAGGAGGCGGUGGUCGUUGAUCGGGGGAGCGAUGUUGAGGAGGAGGAGGAGAAGGAGGAGGAUGUGGGGAAAGAGGAGGAGGCGGAGGAGGAGGAGGGAGUAGAGGCGACGGCGGCGACAGCGGCGGGGGCGAAUGGGGGCGAUGUGGCGGAUGAGGAGAAGGACGGAGACGAUGAGGGCAGCAGCACUCAUGGCGGAGGGAUGAGCAUGACGAAGCAGAUCUUCAACGAGGUCGUCAAGAGGUUUGCGAGGGCGCUCAAAUACGAGCAGGCAAAAGACGGAUAUGUCUGGCGGGAGGCCGUCAAGAUCAACCGUCUGCGUGACAAGGCCGUCCAGGAAUGCAUGCCCUUCUCCGAGCUCUGGCGCCAGAUCCUCGAACAGAGCGGCCUGGCAUAUGCCAUCUCGCGCAUCUUCACCGACAUCUCGCAGAACAAGAUUGCGCAUAUCUUCCUCAACAACGCACUAGGGCUGUCUUUGCAGAUCCCCAUCACCACCGAGACCUCCGUUCUCCCAUGCAUCACCGACCCGCAGAUUCCCGGGCUCCCGCUCACCACCGCCGACUCCUUCGGUGACGACGACAACGAGGGCGACAAUCUUCUCGUCCGCCACUUCACGCUCCUCUUUCUCGUCGACGUUGACAGCAUUCUCAAGGACAUCGCCGCCGAGUCCAGCGACUCCAGUAACUCGCUCGCGCACUUCGUCAAGUCCUGCAAGCCAUCCAUGAGCUUCCUACAGAUCAGCAACAGCUCCGGCAUCCCACUGCACAACAUCCAAGUCAUGGCACGCCACCUCAUCCACUGGCGCAAGGCCCGCGCAAUCCCGCCAAUCCACCACAGAGACAUCUACAUCGUCUCGCCCAACGCCGACAUGAAGCACCUUCACACCCUCAUCCCCGUCUACGCCAAACUCUUCCCCACGCUCCCCACGCUCCCAAAGAUCCUCUCCCUCCUCUCCCAGAAGCCAAAGCAGUUCGCCGCCUUCAUCCCCUCCCGCGACCACAGGAGCGCAUACUGCGACAUUCUCGCCUGGCUGUUGCGCCACGGCCUCGUCACCCAGCUGCGCAACUUUGCGUGGAUCCGCGUCACGCGCGAUAUCAAGCUGCGCGUGUUCCGCGAGCAGCAGCAGCAGCAGACGGCGCUCCUGUCACGCUCCCUCUCGUUGUCGCGCUCAAUCUCACGCUCACGCUCCCCCUCGCCGGAGCCUAGCCGUGCGGAUAUCGUGGCGUCGGCGGCGUUCGCGUAUGAGCCGCACCCAGAGGAUCCAGCGUUUGAGGAGAGUAUAGUGCUGGCGCCGCACCAGGCGUCGGCGGUGGAGAGCGCGUGGCUGGAGAUGAUGACGAGGGGACAGCCACCGGAUGUGAGGGCGUUGUGGGAUCGGUUGUUGAAGUAUUUGAAUGGGCAGCAUGCGAUUGAGAAGAUUGCGGUGAGGGAGGGCAUUAGUAGGAGGGAUGUGAGGAGAGUGUUGGGCGUGUUUGAUGAGUAUAUUAUAUAUGCGAGGCAUUGGUAA